AUGGCACUCCUAUCACUCGUCGUCCUCGUCUCACUUUACGCGUCCGCUGCGAUUCCCCCCUCCAGCGCCGUCUCCCUGCUCCCCUCGCAAGAGAAGGCGCUACUCUCCCUGAAAACCGCGUGGGGAAACUGCUUGAUAACCAACACAUGGAUCGCCGGUACCGACUGCUCGAAAUGGUCCGGCGUCGUUUGCAAUGACGGCGGGAUGGUCACGCAGGUCUACAUCAGCGAUUACACAUGCACCGGCGCGUUGACGGAAUCCGUCGGAAACCUCACGGAGCUGACGCUGAUGGACUUCUCCAAUAACUGGCGCAUCGGCGGCGGCUUACCCAAAAGCCUCGCGAAACUGCAGAAGCUCGAAUCGUUCAGCAUUCGCGACAACAUCCAUGGGAGCCUCUCCGGCGGCCUUCCGGAUUUCCUCGGGAAACUCGCGCGGCUCACGUACCUCGGGCUCCGCGGAACGGGGCUCGCGGGGAGCAUUCCGCGCGGGCUUGCGCGGCUGAACCGCCUCGAGUUCCUCGACCUCCAAUGGAACCGCCUGGAAGGCGAAAUCCCCCCGGAAUUAUCCAGCAUGGCGGCGCUCAGCGUGCUUGACUUGGGUGGAAAUCGGUUGACUGGGUCAAUUCCGCGGAGCCUCGCGAAAAUCAAGGGCCUGAAGCGGCUGCUUCUCGGAAACAACAAACUCUCUGGUGAACUUCCCGUGUCCGUUAUAUUCGCUAUAAAGAGCCUCGAGGAGGUGGAUCUGCGUAGCAAUCAAUUCACUGGUUCGUCUAUCGCCGCGCUUGCGACUCAUCCGGCUCUGACGGACAUUAACCUCAGCUGGAACCUUCUUUCGGGCAAGGUCCCGUCCCAGUUCGGGCAGAUGAAAAAGCUGGCGAGUCUGCGAUUGGCCGGGAAUAGGCUCAAGGGAACUGUCCCAGCGGCUCUGCUGAAGAACAUGCCGAACCUGCAUUCCUUGGACCUUUCGUUCAAUAGGCUAGGAGGGGAGUUUCCCUGGGCGAAUUUAAAAACCACCCCGGUUAUCGAACACCUGUACCUGCAGCGCAACGCGUUCGUCGGCGCGAUUCCCGCAGACGCGUUUCAGAAGGUCCACGUGGCAGAUUUCAACAUCUCGUUCAAUCUCUUCUCAGGGCCCAUGCCGAAUCUAUGGUUCAUGGGAGGAGAAGAGGAGCCACCGGUAGACGUGCGCGGAAAUUAUUUUUGGGGCAGCCCGGAGUUUAUAAUGUCCAAUCGGAAGGUUUGCCCGGAGGAGGGGCAGGCGGAUCCCGACUCAGGCGACGAUGAGUAUCUCGCGGCGCUGAACUGCCUCGGUAAGAGCGCCACGUGUAACAUGAAACAGCAGCGGAGUGCGGCGGCGUGCAGUAGGUUUUGCGGGACGAGAACGACGAACGGGCCGUGCUCGGGACAUGGUGUGUGUGUUCCCGCAGGUAAGGGGCAGUUCAAGUGCAGGUGUGCGAGUGGGUACAAAUCUGUGCAGGAAAAUCCGCACGUAUGCGUCAAGGCAUAA